AUGAUAAAAAUACACUUGUAUUUAAUAUCAUUUAUCUUGCUGUGUUGUAAAGGAGAAUGUGCACAACCAUAUUUUCCAUCUCAAAUUGUAUUUUCUCCUGAUAAUAGUGUAACAACAAUUGCAAUUGAUGAAAUAAAUCAACGAGCCUAUCAAAAAAUCACUUUAAGUUCUUAUGCAAGUGAAACAUCCUUUGUUUUAAAAAAUUUUCCAUAUGCAAUUCCUGAUUCUCCUCAAUCAAAAUAUUAUGUUCAAUUAUUAGUAGAUUUUCCACCUCUCAAUUGUAUUUAUGGAACGUAUUGGGAUUAUGGUGGAAAUACAUUUAAUUCAUUUCCUUCACAUUGGCUUAAUGGAAGUUCAUUUGAAAUAAAAAAUUAUAUGAAAUUUAAUUAUGCAAUGAUUCACUCACAAGAUUCUUCUGAGAAUGAAGAUUAUUGGUAUUCAAAUGUUACAUGUAAAACUGAUAGUGGACAAACUUACCCAUGUGAAGAAAUUUAUUUUCGAAAAAAUACUCAAAUUCCUCUCCGAUCAACUCGAGUUGCGCGUGGAGGUUGGGAUGUUAGACAAUUCACAACAUAUUAUAAAAUAAUAUCAGUGGGAAAACCCGAUGAUAAAUUAUUUGAUUCAAUACCAAAAAAUUGGUCUGUCGCUUGUCGAGAUGUUAUGCUUGGACUUUUAUAUUAUCCACAAACAUCAAAAAUCGAUUUAUAUCAAAGUGUAAAAGUUCAAGUUUGGCUUACAACUCCACCACAUCGAAUCAAUGGAAAUGAUUAUGUUCAUAUUCAAUGGAAACCAAAAGAAUGUAAUGAUUGCUUUAAACUAUCACCAGAAGAAUUAUAUUUUAAUGGGACAAAUUUUCAAGAAAGACAAACAUUGAGAAUAACCCGUGUUCAAAAUAGUCCCAAAACAACUCUUAUUCCAAUUUUUAACGGUGGCGGUUUCGAUCUUGUUACACCAGAUAGUUAUCCUAUUUUUAUUGAAUAA